AUGUGAUGUGAAGUGAAACCUUCCCACUGUGUUUAAAGUUAGCGUUGCGGUCAUCCUCCUGUCAUUGAACCUUCAGAGCGCCACCAUGGCUGGGUGUGAAAGACUGGUUUAUCUUCUGGACUACAAAACGGAAAAAUACAUCAGAGUGAGCAACAGAGCUAUCGGAUUUUCGUACAGACUUUUCCAAUUAGCCAUCAUCGGGUAUAUAAUAUGGUGGGUUUUCUUAGUAAAGAAAGGCUACCAGGACACCGAUUUGUCCAUCCAGAGUUCUGUCAUGUCCAAAGUGAAGGGUGUCUCUGUGACUAACACCACUGGGACUGAUGUGCAGGUGUGGGGACCAGAGGAUUAUGUCAUCCCACCACAGGGUGGAGCUGUGGUUUUUGUUACAACCAGUUUUACAGCGAUGCCAAACCAGAAGCAGGGAUACUGUGCAGAGAGCCCUCGAGUGCCGAGUGGCCAGUGCCGAAGAGAUGAGGACUGUAAAGAAGGAAAAAUGGUGGAGGCAGGAAAUGGAAUAAAGAGUGGACGAUGUGUAAGUAAGGAUGCAAACUCCACGGGUACCUGUGAAAUCUUAGGCUGGUGUCCCAUUGAAAACCAUUCCAAGUCACACAAGCCAAUGCUGACAAAUGCAGAAAACUUCACCAUCUACAUCAAAAAUUUCAUCCACUUUCCAAAAUUCAGGUUUUCCAAGUCUAAUGUUCUUGAAACAACUGAUGAGUCCUACUUGAAGAAUUGUCGGUACAAUAAGGAGCGUCACCCCUACUGCCCCAUCUUUUACCUGGGAGACAUUACCAAGAAAGCUGGAUACAACUUCCAGAACAUGGCCACGCUUGGUGGCUCCAUUUCUAUAAAGAUAGAAUGGGACUGUGACCUCGACAAAGAUUACUGUCAUCCUCAAUAUCACUUUGAUCGUUUGGACAGCUUUGCCUCCAACAAUUCCACUGCAACGGGAUAUAACUUCAGAUAUGCACGAUAUUUUAAAAAUGCGACUGGUGAAAGUUAUCAAACGCUGUACAAGGUCUACGGCAUCAGAUUCUAUAUACAGGUUUAUGGAAAGGCUGGAAAGUUCAGCAUUUUACCAACAGCUGUCAAUACAGGUGCAGCUCUGGCAUUGAUGGGGGCUCACCCAUCCAAGGUUUGCAGCACCAGAAGCAGUCCUCGCACAGUGAAAGGUCCCUGUCCACCAGUCUGCCAGUCUAGUCUUUAUGGGCAUCUGAAGACAACGCGGCUCCAACGGGAAGGGAAAAUCCAAGGAGAAGCUAAAGUCUUUGUCUUUUACCUUCUUAGGAUGAGUAACAUUGUCUUAGUGAAACGAUGAAUGUAACAUAGCAGCUGUAGUUCUUUAGGAUGAUGGUAUUAUUUACUGAUUGAAAGGUUGGGGAUUUAAACCUUAGCUUCUCCAGUCAAACAUGCCAAAACAAAAUAUUAAACCAUAACACAACAUUCCCCUUUGCAAUAUGUAAAUAACGGUGGCAGUAUUAACAUACUGACUGAUCAGCAUGACUGAAAAAGAUACACAGCUACCUACUGUAAGUUUACAUGUACAUAAAAUCUUUUUUAAAAAAUGGACUGAAACUGAUGUUACUGCAAGCAAACUACUUUGCUAAAGCUUAAACUAUUUUUUGUUUUGUUUUUUAAAUAUUGUUAUUCUUAAAAACCUUCUGAAUGUUCUCGUGUUAUUUUAUCUUCAGAGUUACAUCAACAACAGGCAGAACAAAUGCCUGGAAAAGCAGAACAGAAAACUCUGUUUUUCUACUUGAAUUUGAAUGAUUGAUGAGAAUAGACCUUGAUGCCUCAACAGUGGUUACUUUUUUGC